AUUUUGAAUUUUUGAUGGCUAGCACAGUUUUCUAACUUCAUAUUUCGUUGUUCAUGAACUGAGACGUGCAAAAUAAGUGUUUGGUAUGCCAUAUCAUGGUACCUUUUUCUUCUUCUUGAUAUGUUAUAUUAUGGUUUGGCGCUAGUCUGAAGAUAAUUUAGGUCACUUUCCAUUGAAAAUUAGUUUCAGACACUGUUUUUACUUGUGAUUUGAGUUUGGUUUUUAAUGGGCUCAGUGACUCCAACUGAAUCUGUUCAAAUUGUUAAUUAAUGUCUACUCAAAAUUCUACUGUCUGAUUUUAGUAUAGCUUUUCUUCUUAUAGAAUCAAUAUCUUCUUUUAAAGACAAGAUACCUUUGAAGGAAUUCUCUUUGAAUUUCAAGUGCUGAGGUGCAAUAAUUCUAUCGGUAUCUCUGAUUUGCUAGGAUCAUUUUAGUUUCUAGUUGAAUCAGCUUGAUUAGAUUCUGUGGAUUAUAAGAUGCAAAUGGUUUCUCUUUUGGUUCAGUUUUUAUGAGUAGGGCCUGAUAUUUUGAUCUAGAACAAUGGUCUGUUGAGCCCACAGGGAUUGUGCCCCAAAAAUCCCCCCUCGCUGCCACCAGUCUUGGACCCUUUCUGUUGAUUUUGGACCUUUGAUGUACUUCUUCUUUACCAUCUAUUUCUAGGCCUCAAAUUGAAUGGUCCAGAUUGGCCUAUUGAGGUUUUUUUUUUUUUUUUUUCUGGGGUUAUGGCCCAUCUUUGAAGGGCCCCACUUGUAUGAAACGAAGACCUUGCCAAAGAACAUAUAAUUCCUUCAUUUUAAAUUCCUGUUCUUCAGUACAGUUGCAUGAUACCUGUGUAGUUUUACUCGAUUGGAAACAUGAUAUCUGUUUAGUACUCUUCAUUUAUUACUACCCAUAUUGAUACCGUGAUAAGUUAAAUAGGUCUUCUCUCUGCCAUGAAUCUCGACUCACGAGAUUACUAACGUGGUGUCUUCUUUCCUGUGUCCUUUUAUCCAAAUGACAAAAAUUCAGAGCAAACUACGCUUGUUUCUAAAAAGAAAACGUUUCAAUAACUCUGCGGCAUCAUUUUUUUUACUAGUAUGACAUAUUAAGCUAGGUAAUCUGAUAUUUUGUGCAGACAUACGAUGUGAUCAGACAGUUCUGUUGGUGGUAGAAAGCCAUUUGUCAGAAUAAAGCUAUUGAUUCUGUUAAGCAUAUAGAAAUUUUAGUAGUAAUCAUGGGAGGGAAUAGCUCUAAGAUGAAAAGCCUUUCCCAUGUUAUCAACCAUAUAAAAUCCAAAGUGCCGAGCAGAUCGCAUAGCAAGUAUUCAAGGAUUGCCAAUUACUAUGAGUCGCACGAGCAGGUGACAGCAGCUCUUGCCAAUGCGGGUCUUGAGUGUGCCAAUCUCAUCGUGGGUAUUGAUUUCACUAAGAGCAAUGAAUGGACUGGUAUAAAUUCUUUCAACCGUCGGAGCUUACAUCACAUCGGCGACUCACAAAAUCCAUAUGAACAGGCAAUAUCUAUUAUUGGAAGGACCCUUUCUGCCUUUGAUGAGGAUGACCUUAUCCCUUGUUUUGGAUUUGGAGAUGCAUCAACCAAUGACCAACAAGUUUUUAGUUUCUUCCAAGAUGGACGGUCAUGUAAUGGCUUCAAGGAAGCACUGGACCGAUAUAGAGAAAUAGUUCCACAUCUUAAGCUAUCUGGACCAACAUCGUUCGCUCCAAUUAUUGAGACUGCUAUAGGCAUUGUGGAGAAGAGUAACGGUCGGUAUCAUGUGCUUCUGAUCAUCGCAGAUGGACAGGUGACCCGAAGUGUGGACACGUGUCAUGGUGAAAUAAGUCCACAAGAAAAGGAUACAAUUGAUGCCAUUGUCAAAGCUAGUAACUACCCUUUAUCAAUCGUUCUGGUUGGUGUUGGCGAUGGACCUUGGGAUAUGAUGCGUCAAUUCGAUGACAAUAUACCUGCUCGGGCAUUUGAUAAUUUCCAGUUUGUGAAUUUCACGGAGAUAAUGGGGCGAAACAUCCCCUCAUGCAAGGAGACGGCGUUUGCUCUGGAGGCAUUGAUGGAAAUACCAUCACAAUACAAAGCAACAAUGGAACUCAAACUUUUGGGCUGCCCGAAGGGAACACCAGUGAGGGAUCCUCUCCCUCCGCCACGAGAAAUUUCUCAACUCGACAACCAGAUAUGCGAAGCAAGCGAAAAUGAUACAUCAUCACCCACAAAGAGGAACCAAGAAUCUAUCCCUUUGAAAUCAACUAGAAAGUCCCCAGCUAAAAUGCGAAGAACUACCAGGAAAUCUAAAGAAAAUGUCAGGACCAAUAACACACUUCCAGGAGUUGGAUCAAGGAGGAGGAGGGACCUGGAAGAUUCAAUGACCAACACUCACGACACUCUGAUUCCUUCGCCCAAAGGAGAGAAUGCUGACUAUCAGAGCUCUGCAGGAAACGACAACAUCUCUGCGAACAAAAAAAUCACUGCCAGUUCAAGGAAGAAGAGGAGAACCGGCCUUUAAUGUGAAAUCAUCAGGACUUCAAUAGGGAAGUUUGAUGCAAUGAAAACACCUAAUGCCUAAAAUGUGUAUGAGAGUAAGGACAUGUCACAUAUGUCUAGAAUUAUUCCCACAUUGGAGCUGGCGGAAGGCCUAACCAGGACGAACUCAUGACUACUGCCAACACUCUUUAAAGAUGAACUUUAUGUAGCAGUAUUUCUUGGGAGGCUCGAAUGGUUGUAAAUGUUGGUGAGGGCCUGCCAGCCAGAUGUUGUCUAAUAAGCACAGACCAUCCAAUGCUUUCGAA